GGGCUGAAGAAAGACGCGGAGGCAACUCAACGACGAUGUUUAAGUGAUUAAUGGAAACCUCAUUAGGAACUGGAGAAAAGUCAAACUAUACAUUAUCCCAGAGUCUUGAGAAUAAAGAGGGGUUUCAGUUUGAAGGAGGAAUGUUUAAUGCGGGUUAACAGGAGUUUCAUGGGGAGGCAGUGAUGGAGGGAGACUUCGGGGGGGGCAGCUGAGGGCAAAGUAGUGGGAUAAUUGAGACGCUUUAUCAGGCCAAAGCUGCCAGACUCUGGCCAAUGUCCCCAUUUUCUACUGUAAGGAGAGUGAGAGGGAGAGAGAGAAGGGAAAACAAAUUGAUGUGGCCUUUUAUUUAUAGAAAGCUGAUGCUUUUAGUGGAAUUAGUUGCCUCGGACAAACACUACGACGCUACCGUAUACGGCUGUUUUUAGAGGGCCGAAAAGCAGCGUAAUAUGUUCACACGCUUCCGUGAACGGUCAUGUCUAAAAAUAGAGGUCAGUGGUGACAUGUUCACCUGUGUGUGCAUGCCGUGUGGGUUCAGCCAUGCUUGUUGGAUGAGAUUAUACAUGCGGGACAACACCGAGGUGAUGCGCUGCAGCCAAACAAAAGUCUUUCAUCAUCGCAUGGCUGCUGAGUUUGUUGCAUCCCUCCACCUCUGUGUAUCUCUGAAUGAAUAGCUGACCUGGGUAUCGCAGGGAAAAAAAAAUCUAAUUUGUGUUACAACAAAGGCUCCAAAUUUGACAGCGGAUUGAGGGCGGAUUGAUUGAGAGGGAGAAGGAGAUGUGAGGAGAGCAGCGAGGAUUAGUGUCAGAGGGGAAAUGAUGGUGACAAGAAACAGACAAGGAUGGGAGGAGAGCAAUUCUGAGAAAAACAUAAAGAUAAGAUGGAAAAAUGUAAAGAGCCAGGAAAACAUAACAGAAUGACAUAAGAUUUUGCCUGAAAGCAGAUUUCACGAAGGCUUUACAGACACUGAUGGCAGGAAGGGUUGUUUGGACAAAGCACCCCGGCAACAGGAGGAGUGUCCACCUGUGAUGAAGGGGAAAAGGUGGAAAAGGAGGAGGAAGGGAAGGAGAGAGAGAGGUCGACGAGUUACAGGUAGAUAACGCGAGAGAGGUAAAGUUCAGGAGGUAUAGAGUGUCAACUAAAGGAUCAGGAGAUAGCGAGCGAGGGCAGAGGUGCAGGAACUCAAUCCAGGAGUCAAGACUACAGCUGAUGAUAAAAACCUCCACACCUGCUCACACCAGGAAGGAGAUAUGGACGGGAGCAUCUGAAGAAAACACCUUUAGGACAUAAUAUAGGAGGAACAUUUCAACUUUUCCUGGACUCCCUUUAUUCAGUCUUUCAUUUCUAAAAUAAAACCUGGAAUAAACAAAAAAACUGAACCUGAAAUGGAGGAGAAUUUUUGACACAAUUUUUUUUUGUGAGAGAAACUGACAAAUCUGAUGACCUCUUCAUGUGACUUUUUGUUGGGGAUUUUUAAACAUUUUUUUUAACACAUUGAAUUAAAAGCAGCAACAGGCACCGCGGAAAGAAAAAGAGGAGAAUCGGGAAGAGCGAGGGUGAGGGAGGGGGAGGGGGAGUGAGGAAGAGAGAGAGUGUUGUGAGCCGGUGACACCGAGAUGUUCAUGCUCAUUCGAGAGCCGUCCGCCGGAGGAGGCGGUGCUGGAGCGAUGAGCGGGGCGAGUGAGAGGAGCGCAAAACAGGUGCAGGCUGCCAUCAAGAAGAAGGUGGAGAAGCAGAAGAAGCGGACCAACGAGCAGGGAGACAGUCAGCCCGCUGCUCCACAGCCUUCUCGUCAUCAGAAAGCCAGACAAGCAUCUCAGAUGAUGGCGGCGGAGGCAGCUGAGGACAGCGAGGUGCUGGACGAGACGCUGGAGGAGAUGAUGGAGGGGCCGCCGAGGAGGGAGAAGGAGAAAGAGACGGAGGUGGAGAACGUCGACCUGCUGCCCAUAGUGGACUCUGUGUUUGGACAGGACAGAGAGCUGAGACCAGAGGAGAUCGAAGAGCUCCGUGAGGCCUUUGUGGAGUUUGAUAAGAAUAAGGACGGCUACAUCAGUCACAAAGACCUGGGGGAGUGCAUGAGGACCAUGGGAUACAUGCCUACGGAGAUGGAGCUCAUCGAGCUGAGCCAGCAGAUCUGCGGAGGUAAAGUUGACUUUGAGGACUUUGUGGAGUUGAUGGGACCCAAGAUGCUGGCAGAGACAGCGGACAUGAUCGGAGUCAAAGAACUGCGAGAUGCAUUCAAAGAGUUUGACUCUAACGGCGACGGUCAGAUCAGUUUGAUGGAGCUGCGUGAGGCCAUGAAGAAACUGAUGGGAGAACAAGUGACCAACAAAGAGAUCAACGAGGUCCUCAGAGACAUCGACCUUAACGGAGACGGCCAGGUGGACUUCGAGGAGUUUGUGCGAAUGAUGUCCCGCUGACUGGUCCAUAUGUCAGAUGAGCUGCUGGAUCAAACACUACGCUGUGGUGAACUUACUUCAUUUGCUCUGAAGAUCAUGUGUGUAAAUUGAUAUUUUUCUAUAAAAUAUACAAAAGGGGAAAAAAAAAACAACUGCAGCUCUACAAUUAACAAGACUGCACACGUCUGAAUUUGAGGUGAAAUAUAAAGCAUUUGAACAGCUGUGAAACAUAUCAGAAGCUUCACAGUUCACAUUUACAACUUUCUGGGGUUUUUUUAGAUGUAUUUUUAUAUAUGAGUGUUUGUUCUCUGAGUGUAAAAUCUUGCUUGUAAAUUGUAAAAAAAAUAUUUUUUAAUCAAUAAAAUAUAUAAGCAUUGGA